CUGAAUCUUUCCAAGUGUUAACUUAAAAAAUAAAUAUAAAUAUAUAGACCGGUGAUAAAUAAAAAUAUUAAAAAAUGACAAUUAAUUUUUUUAUUCCUCUAGUUGUACUUGUACUUCUUAAUUUAACUUCAGGACUCACUAUUCGUGUAGCUCGUCAAGUAGAAGAUCAACCAGAAGAAAUUCCAGAAAAUGUAAUUGUAAUCGAUGAGCCUAUAGAACCUGUGCGUGUUACUCGUCAAGUAGAUUUUCCACCAGAAGAACUUCCUGAGCAAAUUUCUGUCUUUUCAGAAAAUUUUCGUGUUGUUCGUCAAGUAGAAGACUCACCAAAAAAAAGUUGUGAUGAGGAAUUUGUAACGGAUAAAAUCAAAAACCAUCGACGUGUCGCUCGUCAAGUCAAUCAUCCGCCAGAAAUUCCAGAAGAAAAUAAAAAUGACCAGUACACCAAAGAAUUUUACUUUGAUUUCUAAUCUCCGUUGGCAAAUAAGCCAACGCAAAAAGUUUUAAAAUAAAACUUUAUUGAUUGUAAUUGUGCAUUAAAAAUAAAUAAUCUUUAGAAAAUAAAAAAACAAAAAAUUUAUUAUU